AGUAAUAAGCGGGGGGUGGGCGAAAGGAGAGCAGAACGGAACGUCGAGUAACACACAUCAGCACUAACAAGCUGAUCAGUUGUUGUUUGGCAAUGUACUAUCGUUGUCUGGAUAUAUGUUUGCUAACAUGCCGUUUUGUCAAGAUCGUUUAACCGCAGCCUCCUAACGUACAACUCAACAAUGGAAGACGAGUUUUAUCGCAACUCAAGUCACUUCUACAUUGGACCAAAGGUUAGUGAUUGUGUGAUAUUUAGAAGAAAUACAACGUUAAUAUUACACCAGUACAAUGGAAUACCUGAUAAUCUUAUAGUAAAUAGCAUUGCUUUUGUUCUGUUGGUGAUAUUGUUCGGUUUACUCAGAAAAAAAGCAUGGAAUUAUGGUCGAUUAGCUUUAUUACACAAAACUGAGAAUCGAUGGAUGGAAUUAUUUUAUGGUGAACAUGACACAAGAGAUGCUGAAGUUCAUUGCAUUGAAGCCUCCGUGAACUCUCAUUUAUCCAAUACGGAUAGAGGCUUUUUAUCAUGGAUAGUUACAGCUUUCAAGUUACCAGAUGACGAACUUCUCAAAAGAGCUGGGCCAGAUGGAUUGCUUUAUGUCUCAUUUCAACGACAUUUAAUGGCAUUAAUGGCAAUCAUGAUGUUAGUUUCAAUUUGUGUAAUAUUACCAAUAAAUUUUCAUGGAGACAAAGAUGGGGAGCCUAGUGCUUUUGGUCACACCACUAUUUCAAAUUUAGACUCAAAUUCAUCUUGGCUGUGGGUACAUACAUUGAUACUUAUAUCUUAUUUACCUAUUGGAGCCUGUGUGAUGCGUCGGUUUGUUAAAAAAAUCAGAGACAUGAAGCCUGCUGGAGAAUUAGCUGCUAGAACUUUGUUAAUUACUGAAAUACCAAAACAUCAGUGCAAGGUGGACCAACUGACAACAUAUUUCAAAGAGGCUUUUCCAACAUUGACCGUUGAAGAUGUUACGUUAGCAUAUGAUAUAAAACGUCUCACGAUAUUAGACGCAGAAAGAGAUUGUGCUGAACAAGCAAGACUUUAUUGUGAAAAUUAUAACAGACGAAAAGGCCCUUUAAAGUUGUAUCCCCGUCCUUGUGGUCAAGUCAUAGGAUGCUGCUUCAAACAAAAACAAGUGGAUGCACUGGAAUUCUAUAUAGCAGAGGAAGCGCGGCUGACGGCACUUGUUGAGGAGGAGCGAAAGGUUGCCUUGAGUAAACCCAUAGGCGUGGCAUUUGUGACACUAGGUACACCAGGACAUGCAAGAACCAUGCGCCGAGAGUUGCGACAAUCACUGUCAAUAAAAUGGAUUGUGGAUUACGCACCAGCACCUUCAGACAUUUAUUGGGAAAAUCUUAGUAUCGCUAGACCAUGCUGGUACUUCAACGCGAUCCUAAUCAAUUCAGCCUUAUGCCUCGUUCUAUUUUUUCUCACGACACCAGCUGUCGUGGUGACUGCAGUAAAAAGUCUGUCGACAACCAAUGAAAUAACAAAAUGGAGUCCUUUAUUGUCAGCUUUUCUGCCAACCGUGCUACUGGUAACGGUAGCAGCGCUGAUGCCGGCGCUAGUCGGCCGUAGUGAAUUGCUGGUCAGGCAUUGGACCAGAAGUGGUCUCAACGGAUUAAUUUUGAGGAAGACUUUGCUCCUGCUGCUGCUCAUGGUUCUUAUUUUGCCCAGUUUAGGUCUCACCAGUGCCUCAGCCUUUUUUGAUUGGACCAUCAUGGCUAACGAUACUACUAAGUGGGAGUGUGUCUUUUUACCCGAUCAGGGUGCGUUGUUCGUAAAUUAUGUGAUAACAGCAGCCUUAUUAGGAAGUGGUCUUGAACUUGUCAGAUUCCCGGAAUUGGCAGUCUAUACUUUUAGACUAUGCGUAGCGAGAAGUCGCGCUGAACGCAUCUACGUUAGAAAAGCUGUACUGUGGGAAUUCCCCUUAGGCGCACAUUACGCCUGGUUACUUCUAGUAUUUACUAUGACCACGGUCUAUAGUAUAGCGUCUCCACUCAUCACGCCCUUCGGGCUUCUUUAUCUGUCAAUUAAACACUUGGUGGACCGGCACAAUCUGUGCUUUGUGUACGGACCGGCUGCCGGCGGGGGUCAAUUGGCCGGGACGGCGGCAAGUGCCGCGGGUGCGGCGCCCAUUCUCGCCCAGAUAGCAUUUUUGGCGUUGGGCCUCGUCAGACAAGGACUGUCGCCUAUGGCAGCGGUUCAACUUAGUGGCCUUGCCAUUAACGUUCUUGGUUUUGUGACUGGAGUAACCUUGCCGGCAUCAAAACCCAAGCAUCAAGCAUCGAAACGAGAUUUUUCGGCGGGUCAACACUUUGUUGCGCCUGUACUACGGAAAAAGUUGCCAGUAGGCAGUCCAGAAGAAACAAUAUCCGUAUCAACUUCGGUUCCAAGCUCACCAAGUACGAGAGUAUAUUCAACUAAUUCUUCCGCACAAGGAAGCCCAAAAUUAUAUCAGGAUUACGGUCGAACACCGACUAACGUGUAGUUAGUUUACGUUGACAGGCUGUUUUUUUUUGCUUUUUUUUCAUCAAUUAUGAUAGGAAAAGUGAUGAAUCGGUUGUAUCAAUCAGUGAUUCAGUAAGAAAGUAUAAGAAUGGAGAUAAAUAUCUCAGUUAUUUAAUGUUACGAAUUGGUAAAAAUUAAGUUCUUGGAGGUAGAUAUUUUUUACUAAAAAAGGUGCAGUAUCGAGGUAAGUCAUCCAAUUUCUGAUAAAUUGUUUCAGUAUUUGAAUUAUCGUGUUUUAAUAAUGGAUAUCUUACCUCGCGUAAAAAGAAUACGUGAUUUGAAAAGAUAUUUUAGAAAUAGAAUUUUAAUUAUGCUCAUAGUCAUCGAAUGGAAAAAAGCAAGAUGCUCCUAAAUGACUACAAUUAUAUUAGGAAAUUAAUUUUUUAAUGAGAUUCAUUUUAGUUUAAAGAUUUUUGUCAGUCUUUCAAUCCGAAAUGUACAAACUCGAUUACUGUAUUUAUUAAUUGUACAACUAAUUUCUUUCUGCUUUGUGGAAAUGUUAACGUAUAUAAUUUGUACUUUUUACAUCACAUUUGUUGAAAGAUUUGAGAUACAUAGGUUCAGGCAAAUUUCGUGGCUUUUUUAUAUAUUUUUAUUGAGUUUACGCUAUCACGCACAUGUAUUUUCUGAAUAUUUUGGUUAGGUUUCAUAAUUCAUAUGACUGUCAACAAAAUUAAUGCGUGAACUGUAUUCAAUUUAUUCUGGCAUAGUAUUGUGUAAGUACUUAACUCAAAGUACAGAAAUGAAUCGAUGUAUUACAUAAAAGGUUUCGUGAAUCUCAUUUUUUGUGAUUUUACAAUAUUCAAUGUCCAUCAGUAAAUGAAUGUAUAUCGUUAUUACAAUUGCAAAUAGCCAUGUCUGGAUUUGUAAUAUCUGUAAACAGCAAGGAUAAAGAGAAAUUAUAGUACGGAGAUUUCUGUAUUGUGAUGAUAUUUCAAUGUGUAUUUUUCUAUAAUAUAAUGUUACAUAGAUAAAAUUACAUUUAUCUUUUUGACACUUACUCGGAUUAGGCCUAUUGAUCACGCUUGCUUGUAUACUGACUUACGUAAACAAUUAAAUAAAAAUAGCUUUGCCUGGUAAAUCAUUGUUAUCAGUCUUACAUUGAAGGAAAAUAUUUAGUUGAACAUCAAAAAAAAUUGGUCUUCAUGCAACUAUAUUUGAUUCGCAUUCAUUAAAAAGCGACAAAUAUAAUUUGAAGAAUCUUUUUAUAAAUAUAACUUAAUUCAAAAUAUUUUCUACUUAUCUACAGGGUCAAAUGUGUAUAUUACAUUUUCGACACUCCGUGCGCAAAGUGCGUCUUUCCCGCACGCUCGGCAGAAAACGUGCGUUGAAAAUCGCACUUUCCACACGUCGUAUCAAAAAAUACGGUACGGCACAUGUUCGGGAAAGAGUUUUUCGUCUCGUGUACCUUUCCACUCUCGCUUCGCUCGGGCGUAAACGCCACAUGAGACCAGAAUCUACUUUCCCGCACUUGUAUCGUAAUGUACUAUUUCCCGCAUUUGUAUCGUAAUGUACUAGAAAGCUUGUUUGUGCAAGAUUGUUCUGUGUCGGAAAAAUUCAUAUGCUCUUUACAUCAUAGAAAGAUUUAAUUCACUUAAAAAAUCAACAUUAGUUCAUUUCACAAAUCAACAUUAAACAUCUACAUUGGGUAAAAAUUCGCUCCUAUUGAUUCAGUAACAUUAAGACCGCUCCCUUUGUGGUUAGCAUAUAUCUGUCGAUUC